AUGGCUCAAAGUCACGCUUCUUGGGCCUUUGAAGGCCCAGCCGAUGUUCCACCAUCGCCACAGACAAUGCGCUCGCUACGAAAGAUCAGAUCGCAUCAAGUUUUGACAACUUCGAGUGCCCUGAUUGCACAGACUCAGUCAGCUCAAUCUUCGGGAGCUCAUGGCACCGAUAAUGAAACGGCUACAAUUCUCGGCGCUACAAGCAUGCGAACGCCCACCCACCGUCGAGCGCGAUCAAAUAGUGACGCUGCUGCUCGCAUGGCAGCUCUCACCGCAACAGCCCCCGCACGACGUCCACCGCGCAAGACUGGGUCAGGGAUAGGAAUUAAGAGGUCGCCCCUAGAAACAUUUUUACGUGAUGGUCCACAGAAUGGGCAAGGCCGGGAAGGGCUACAAGAAUUGAGAUUGUUGAUUCUAUCGUGUAGAGUGGACGCAGACGGAGACGGCAUGUCAGCCUACAGAAUCUACCUUUGGCUGGUCCUUUUCAAAAUCCCCCCUGUUCCUACCGACGAAUAUCUUGCCUUCAUUCACCGAGGCCGUUCCCCAGCCUACGCCAAAAUUCGCAAUGACACAUUUCGCACUCUCGCCACCGAUCCUCUGUUCAAACGCCGUGUCACCGAGGCAAGCUUGAUCCGCUUAUUGAACGCUGUGGCCUGGAAAUUGCACGACUCGAGACCCAAACGAAAAUCCCGGCCUUCUUCCAGACGACGCGAUUUGGAACUCCUAAUCAAUACACCACCUAGUAUUGAGGAGGAACCCGAACAACCAAAUUCUUUGAACAGCCCUCCUAUCGGUGAAGCUGCCAUAUACGUGCAGGGAAUGAAUGUACUUUGUGCGCCCUUUCUUUAUGCUGCCCGUAGCGAGGUUGAAGCGUUUGCUCUGUUCCACUUCUUUGUCACGAAGGAAUGCCCUGGUUACAUCCGAGGCGCAAUGGAUGGAGUACACAGGGGCCUUCGAUUAGUCGAUAAGUGCCUGGAGAUUGUAGAGCCAAAACUCGCUGCUCACCUGUUCUCCAAGGGAAUGUAUGCAGAGCUAUAUGCUUUCCCAUCCGUCCUCACACUCUGCGCUUGUACACCACCUCUCCCCGAGGUUCUUCACCUCUGGGAUUUCCUCUUCGCCUAUGGUUCCCACUUGAAUAUUGUUUGUAUUGUGGCUCAAUUAGUCCGCAUGCGAGAUGCACUUCUUGCAAGUGAUAAUCCAAACAAAUUUCUUCGAAGCCUUCCUCCCCUUAAUGCCAAGGAGAUCAUCGCUCUGACGGUACUCCUCGUGCAGCGAAUUCCCUCAGGUGUCUAUGCCGAAAUGGUCACCCAUGCGAAAUGA